CUAUGCUCAUGUUGCAGUCAAAGAAGGGUUAUUCUUAGGCCGGCGUGCGACCGGCGAGAUCCUGACUCGGGCAGGCAUGCCUCACGCCCUCGAUCAUACCGAUUAUUCCUCCGAACGAUAACUAUUUCUUCUUCUGUGAUCGACUAAACAAGAAUGCGUUCAUAAUGAAUGGUCGAUAGUGGCGUUCCGAGGAAGAAAAGAGUUGUCACCUGAUAAAUUAUAAAUCGAGCGUUUAACCACGUUUAACCUACGCGCCAAAGAUGUGGAUAUUAUUAUUUUGAACCCGCAAUAUAUUCUGUGACUAAACACAAGUAGACUACUAUGGCUGACGUGAAAUUAAGAAGACUCGUGUCCUCUGCUUUCAAACUCAGUGGGUUUUCUCUCCGAAGCGAUGCUUCAUCAUUUCUAAUGGUUCAACUAGAGCCACUUAGUGACGAAGAAAGGAAAGAAUGGCUAGAUCGCCUUACCGAUCACAUCCAAAGGCAGUCACUCACUUCACCUUCUAUUGAAAAAGAUCAGAUUGAACGUGCAAUUGAGGAAUGUUGCCGAAGUGGAACAGAUGAGAGUGAACCUGUAAUGACAGUUAUAAGUGCUUUUGACGUCCCAAGGUUUCAUUAUCAUGUUGAUCGCAAAAAAUUCUCUAUGAUCACUGGACAGAGACCCGAAGUAUUAGGUUCUGCUGUUGAUAAAGCACGGCUAUUUAAAAAUAGAUAUCAACUUAUACAGCAAAGGACUUCACGGCACCAUCUAUUUGCACCCUCCGUAACUGAGUCUUUGGGAGAUGUGGAUGAGAAUGGAGAGCCAAGAGUAAAGAAAUUUAAAUUAUCACCUGUAGAGAAACUGCUCUGCACAUCAUCUUACAUUCCAGAUGCUGUUGUGUUAGGCAUGUUAACACAACUCAAAGAAGGAAAAUUCUAUUUGGAAGACCCAACUGGUGCUAUUCAGCUUGAUCUGUCAAAGGCAUCUUACCAUGUUGGUUUACAUACUGACAAUAGCAUUAUAUUAGCAGAAGGUUAUUAUGAAGAUCGAAUUCUUCAUGUCAACGGAAUUGGCCAACCACCUGCUGAAACAUCCAAAACAAGUCGUGCAUACUUUGGAAAUGUCAAUACCUUUGGUGGACCAUCUGAAACUUGCUUGAAAAACUCAGCCAAAUUAUUAAAUAUUGAAAAAAGUAAUGAAGAUGGAAUGAUAGUGUUCAUUGCCGAUGUCUGGCUUGAUCGUCUUAAGGUUAUGGAGAAAUUGCGGUCAAUGUUUGAGGGAUUUCAAAGCUUUCCACCCAUUGCAUUUGUAUUGAUGGGUGACUUUUUGUCUGGACAAUUUGGUGCAGCUCAUUGCACUGAAUUGCGAUCUAGGUUUAAAAGUCUGGGUGAACUUAUUCAGCAGUUCCCACUAUUGAUAGAGAAAAGUCAAUUCAUUUUUGUCCCAGGACCAUGUGAUCCCGCCGGACCUAAAAUCUUACCCAGGCCAGCAUUUCCUAACUUUGUUACUGAAGAGUUAAUGAAAAGAGUACCAAAUGCCAUUAUGGCCACUAACCCUUGUCGCCUACAAUAUUGCACCCAAGAAAUUGUGGUUGUACGGGAGGAUCUGGUCACCAAAAUGUGCAGAAAUAACAUACAUUUUCCAACUGAGGGCGAAAUACCUGACCAUUUUGCUCGAACAAUAAUUUCACAAGCUCACCUGGCUCCUCUUCCGCUUAGUGUGUGUCCAGUGUACUGGCCUAUGGAUGCUGCACUCAGGUUGUAUCCUCUGCCAGAUCUGAUUGUAACAGCUGAUAAAUUUAACUCCUUUCACACUAGCCACAUGGACUGCCAGGUCAUGAACCCUGGCUCUUUUCCUAGAAGUGAAUUUUCCUUCAAGGUAUAUGUUCCAUCUACUAAAACUAUUGAGGACAGCCAAAUACCUGAUGAAGACUAGCAACAGUUGUGUAAAGAAGAAUUUGAAAGGCAUCAAAGAACAACACAUUUGGAAUAUGAAUUUUGUAAAUAAUUUAUAUCUUCUAGCAAUAAUAAAUUAAAAUUGUUAUUUUACUCGAUAAAUUGCUUCUUAUGAA